CCGCGCAUGCGCUUAGUGAUCCAAUAACCCACUAGCAUAUUAGCCCAGCAGAAUGGAAGCAGCGGCCGUGUUUCUGGAUUUAUUACGCUGAGAGACUGAUAGUUACUGACCUGCAUCAGGUCUGAAAUGGGGAAAGGCUGUAAAGUGGUGGUGUGCGGCCAGGCAGCGGUCGGGAAGACUGCCAUCCUGGAGCAGCUGCUGUACGGAAACCACACAGUGGGCUCGGAGUCCAGCGGGACGCAGGAGGACGUGUACGUGGCGUCGGUGGAGACGGACCGCGGCGUGCGGGAGCAGCUGAGGCUGUACGACACGCGGGGCCUGCAGGACGGCCUGGAGCUGCCCCGGCACUACCUGUCGGUGGCGGACGGCUUCGUGCUGGUCUACAGCGUGGACAGCCUGGAGUCCUUCCGCCGCGUGGACACGCUCAAGAAGGAGAUCGACCGGUCCCGGGACAAGAAGGAGGUGGCGCUGGUGGUCCUGGGGAACAAGAGCGACCUGCGGGAGCGCCGGCAGGUGGAGGCGGAGGCGGCGCAGCAGUGGGCGCGCGGCGAGAAGGUGAAGCUGUGGGAGGUGAGCGUCACCGAGCGCGCCUCGCUCAUCGAGCCCUUCACGCAGCUCACCAGCCGCCUCACGCAGCCGCAGAGCAAAUCCAGCUUCCCCCUGCCCGGGCGCAAGAGCAAGGGCGCGGCGGGCAACGACGUCUGAGGCCCCGCCUGGCUGUCCGGCGCCCGUCUCUUUAAGAACAGGCCCCUCCCACACACCAUAACGGCGCUCUUCACCGUACUAUCCAGACUAUAAGUCACACUGUGGGAUAAAUUCGAAACUAAACAGAAGAUUUCUGUGAAGAUUAAAAGCUCUAAGUUUAAAAUGAGAAAGAAGGAUGUGAAGAUUUCCAUCAGUGGAAAUGAAAAGAUCUCGUGACUUAUAUUCUGGGAUUUACGGUAAAAAGAAUUAACACCAACAAACCUUUAAAUCAGUUAAAGUGGAAAAGUCCAAAUAUUGUCCCAGCCUGUGUCGCGCUGGUCCGACGAAAUCUCACUGAACGUUAAUGAACGAUGCACUUUCUUUACAAUUUAACAAAGGUUUUAUUUUGUUUUGUUUUGUUUCGCGCAGCUCAGAAGUGGUAAAUUGCAAAAUUCCCAUUUGAAGGUGGGAAUGUUCCCAACAUUUCAGGAAGUUUGGAUGUUUUCCUCCUGCACUUUCUCUUUCUUAGUAAAACUGAAGUUUUGGGAAUUUCUCACUUCAGAUGGAUUUUUUCCCAGUUUGUCUUGAAUGCACCAUGAUUGUCUUUUUAUUUUUAUUUUUCUUCUUUAUUCUUGUUGAAGCAGCAGAAAUCCAGAUUUCCUUUAAAAUCUAUUAUCAGCUAAGUUUCAGAUCAGCUGUGUCAAACAUAAGGCCCGUGGCCCUGAUCUGGUCCACAGGGUGAAAGUAUUGAGGAGAUCCUCAGUUAUUUAUAUGAAAAUGGUUAAAAUGAUUAGUUUAUAGAACAUUUGAAGAUGAAAUCUUGUGAUUUAAGCUGAAUAAAAAUCGAACUUUAGAUUCAUGGUGGUGGGAAAACAUACAUGAUUUGGUUUUGAGACAUUUCACAAAGAUUUAAGUUAUACGUGUGUGUUUUUUUUUUAAUUUUCUGAAAAGAUAUUACUGUAUUUUCUGGACUAAAAGUCCUGUUUAUGGGUUUUUGUUUGUUUUUUUUUUUUUUUGCUACCAUGCAGAGACAUCUCGUGAUCAAAGAUCAGAUGUAUUGAUAUUUAAUAACUUCAAAAGUAAUAUAGUCUAGAAAAUACGGUAAAUUAAAUGUCACUUCUUUCACAACAUUUCAAAUUCAGUAAAAAUGUGUACUUAAGCGUUUCUGCGGGAAACAUGGAGGGUAAACUCAUAACUGGAACGCUAACGUGCCUCUUUUUCUUUACUGUUGGCUUCAAGCUAAGGUAUAAUGUGGAUUUAUAUUUAACUGCAUGUUUCUCAUCCUGGAACAAUGUUGAAAUAAUUCAGAUUGUAGCUAAUUUUCUGUCAUUUUGGAGAUGCUAACGUCAAAGAACGGUUGGAAAAAAGCAGUCCAUGUAAAUUUCUUGAUAAAUCGGCACCAUAUUGUAGCAUUUCAUUAGAAGUUUAAUGCAAAACUGUGACGUUUCUUCGUGAGCUGGAACAUUUUCACGCGAGUUCUUGUGACGACUUCCUGGUUUAGUCGUUUCGUCGUAGCGUAGCGGCCAGAUAGCUUCAAGCGGGGGUCUGAAAAUCAAACACAGGCGUCUCAAAUGUUCCCUUAACGUCCUGCGGCAAUAAUCAUUUCUCACGGUACUUCUGCCUUUGUGUGUCGUCGAGCUAGCCGCUAGCGAAAGCCGCGCGCGCGUGUCGCUAACGGUAGCCGCCGUGGGCGUCUGAGAGGAAGAUAUUUAUUUUGUAACUAAUUUAUUUUUGUCACUUUAAUGAGCCACAUUCCUCUGUGGGGACGGGGUGAAGGACCUCCGGCGCUAGCCCGCCAUGCUAGCCCGCUGUGAUGCUAGCCCGCCGUAGCACUAGCGUGUCAAAGAAGUCUUAAAAUGCACUGAAUGAAAUAAAG